AAAAAUCCCAAAUACGUGUAUAUUAAUUGGUUUGUGUGAAAGUUAUAGCUUCUACAAACUAUGGUGUGUGUAUAUAUAUAUAUAUAUAUAUACUAGUAAUGACGGUGAUCAGCGACCUAUAGUGUGAGUGUGAUAGUGUGUGGGCAAUCUAAUGCUAGCUGACCCUGGCUGGGAGGGGCAUUUACUGACCCUGACGCUAUCUGAUGUUGCUAGCGGCAAGAAUACAGUGCCACUGUACUAUUGGCACUGGCUGUAUGACAGGGCAAUC